CCAACAAGAGAUACAUCCUUUCGUAUAAUCGCUUCUGUAAUGCGAAAUAUCUCUACAUCGGCGUGGGCAACUGAUAGUUCCUUUGUACUUCCAUUCUGGCCCAAGAAAGAAGACCAACAACUUGACCCAAAACUCAACUCAACAUAUGGAAACUGGAAGGCGGGUACCACUGUUCUGCAGGCCAGUUUCGAGUGUCAAAAUAUGACCAUUAGUCAAUCGAUCGUUCGGAAGCCAUAUGAGAUCCUUGACACACAUCCGAGCCUGCAAAAGGGAAUUCAACCUAUGGUCGUAUUCAACAUCUCGUCCGCUGACGGCUGUGACUACGAAUUGAGUCUUCAUGCUGUAGGUUCCCAAUUGUCUUAUGGUGGAAUGCUAUGGUCUGAUACGUCGGUUCUUCAUGAAAUUAGUACUACUCACCGCUUACAACCGGGUUAUCACCCUGCGCCUGAAAAGGUCGGCCCAAUGUCACCAUUCGCUCGGGUCAACAUUACAGAACAAUGCAGGAAUAGAGAGAUUAUCAUCGCCAACACAGCGUGGACAAAGCCAUGGCUCUUCGAUGGCAUGCAAUAUCUUCAAGGACUGCCAGAAAACGCAACUUAUGAGCAAAGACCCAAUUUUCGGAUGCGAGCGCUUCUCUGUGAUACUCGUUAUUCCAUGGUAGAAAGAUCCAUGUCUGCUUCAAUUUCUAGUACAGAGACUGUGCUGGAGAAUGCCCCAGGCGUUCAAGGGGAGCUAAAGAAAAUACCAGAAAACAUGUUCAAUACUACAAGAUUCCGGGAAUCUAGUCUCCACGACAACUGGCGGUCAUAUGUACUUCGAUCCCGGUACGAUCCUCAUGUAGAUCAAAGUAACGACACCAUCGAAUCGAGGAAUGCCGAGUUCACCGGUUUAUCUGCGGUUCUGGGGGCUUUCUACUCUUAUAAUUUAUCUAAUGUCAUUGACGAGCCACGCUUGAUCGAAACAGCAGCAAAGAUUAGGGGAAGGAUUUUUGCGGAAACUAUGCAAGACAUUGUGACAACGGCAUCAGCGGUCAGUAGAGAAACCAUGGAGGGACUAGUAGCCAACGUUGAGAACCGCGUUGUUGUCAUUACUGAGGUCGGAGUCACGAUUGCUGUUCUCUUUUUUACAUCUUUCAUCUUACUACUCCUCGUUCUGUGGUUUUCUCGAUUGGCGCGCCGGCCACUGAACUUGCAGAGUGACCCUGCCAGUACGGUUGGUAUGGCUGCAUUACUUGAUCCAGGGCGGGCAAGGACCUCUACCUUGAGAACCAUGCACAAGGCUUCAAAGAACGAUCUGUACUCUGCUCUUCGGAGAGAUAAGUAUUCAACGUUUGGUUCGGCCCUCCUGUCUGAGGGGCCUGUUACUGGCGCGUUCUUUCUCUCGUUGAUAUUGAUUGCCAUUUUGAUCUUGAAUGCGUUCUCGGAGCAAUCGCGCCUGUCGCAACUUGCUUUCAUUUACGAAGCGGAUGUCUCGAAGUUCGAUUUGAGUUUUAAGACUUUCGCUCCGAUUUCGAUUGUACCAACCGUGGUAUCGGUCAUCAUUGGAUUAUGGUGGGACCAGCUUGAUCAGUCGUUCCGCAUCCUACAACCAUACAUAGCGCAAUCGCAAUCGCCGACGCCCAUUCAUUCAGGUGCUGGGUUGACAUAUCGAUCGAAAACGUGGAUGGGGGCAGCCAUCAAGGCCCUGAGACAUAGGCACUUCGUGCUGUUCACGAUCUGUCUUGGAAGCACGCUUUGUCAAGUUUUGACUGUAUCAAUGUCUGCUCUUUUCGAAAGAAAACCAGACAUUGUUUCAGAGCAAGUACCGAUCAAUCGAACCUUAGAAUUGCGCCAAAUCCCAAUUAUCACAGACAUAACUUCAAGAAACGAUUCAGUAGGCUUUGAGCCACGUUCCAUUAUGGAUGGAUUCUUUAAAGACUUCAACGGAAACUUCCUUGACGGUGCUACAGUGGAAGUUAUGACAAAUGCUUCUAAACCUACCUGGAGCCAUAACGAGUGGAGCUUUAUCCCGGUAGAUCUCUCAGUCAUACCCGAUAUGGAUCCAGCACGGCGUCCCGGAGACACGGCAAACAAGGGCACAGUAUUCUCGCCUACGAAUGUUACCGUCAAUACCCCGGCCAUUCGUGCUAGAUUGGAAUGUAGUGUCAUUGAGGAGAUGGCUGAUCAGAACUCCUGGUUGGCCACAUAUAAGGAUCUGAAAACCAGAGAACGGAAUCAGAGCAUAACCCUGUUGAAGAAGAGUUAUGGCAUCAAGUCGAGUUUCUUCCAGGAACUGAAGAGCAGCGAUUCAGACUCAGAAUCCAUGAAUACAUCUCGGGAUUUCGAAUUUGGCUGCUGUGCCAAUGGGACUGAAGGCAACUUUGGAAUGGCUACCAUCGCAUAUUGGUCAGUGUUCAAUUCGACGCGGGAAGGCCUCUUUGGAGGACAAGAUUCCGACUGGCCUGUCACCUUCAUACCUAAAUGGAUCAGAGGAAAAGGCCGAUUGUGGAAUGACGAAGAUUCAGGCGAUGUAGAUGUAUUCGUCUUUGAGGAAGCCCCGAGAAUGCAGGCUGCGCGUUGUUCGCCAAUCAUUGAGACAGCCGCAGCAGCAGUCACCGUGGAAAAGCAAUCGAAGGCUGUGGAAUCGUACAGGAUCCUGAACAGCCCAGUUCCUGCAGAUUCCGCCUGGAUGGAAGUUUUUGGACGUCACCAGCCUACGCCUAUGACCCGAUCGUACUCGGACGGGUUCGGGUCGAGCAUUACUACCAGUUACGGCGUGUUGUUUUUCUUGGCCCUGUUUUCCUUGGUCGAGCCGGCUCGUAGUGUGUUCUACCAGCCCGAUAGCUUCAGGAUCGUAGACCGUGAAUUUGGAAUGAACAUGGACUACAUCUCCUAUGCGAUGUUCCUGCUCGCUGGCAAAGACCAAGACGCCCUGCUGAACUACGACACUCUCGUGGACAGCGCAAAUCGCACACUGCAGACCUACUUCCAGCACUAUGUUGCCAAUAAGCUCUCGCUGCAGGAUGGCGGAUUUGCUUAUCAGAAAAUUGGUGACAAUUCCAUGGAUUCACUCCCACCAGCUGUGGACGAUACCUGGACGGUCGAGCAGCCCGAAAAGGUGUACCCAAGCCUCAACACCAAUCGAGGAGGCAUCGCCCUAGUGACGAGCCGUUUUCAGAUCUUGCACAUGAACAGCGUGGCUACCUACCUCAGCGCUGCCAUUCUGAUCUGGCUCAUCGGCACUUCGGUCGUGGUAGCUGCUCUGCAGCGCAGAUACACUCGCUACAUGUUGCGGAAUGUCGACUCCAUCGCAGAUGUACUCGUCCUGGUUGCUGGCUCUGAAAACUUCUUAAGCCUGGUGCAGCAGAGGGGCCUGACAUUGAGACGUGAUCGAGACAUCAAGACAAAGCUGGGAUGGUUCAAGGGGAAGGACGGGGAAGUUCGAUGGGGUGUGGAGAUCGUUGGAGGGCCCGAUGCUGUAGAAUGGGUGGAUAGCCCGGCGAACGCUGCGGCGAUCGCGAAGAAGCCUAAUUUUGUACGGAGGACCACGGGCGGGCUGAUCAAGGUUGUGACGAGGGGGAAGACGUCGAAGACUAAUGUUGCCACGAGCCCUUAG